GCAAGGCCCUAUAUCCUGCUACUGGUUUUGGGGGUCAGUACAAGGGUAAUGCUCCAACUAGGCAGUGAGCGGAUAAAGCCAGCCCGAGCACCUUUGUUGCCCCAUCGGCCUUUUGUUGUAGUCUGGAAUGCUCCAACAGAGUCGUGCCGCCUUCGCUUUAAGGUGGAUCUGGACCUCAGCGUUUUUGACAUUGUAGCCAACCUCAAUGAGACCUUAAGUGGACCGAAUGUCACCAUAUUCUAUCACAGCCAUCUGGGAUACUACCCAUACUACUCCAACUCAGGGGUUGCUAUCAAUGGAGGGUUACCACAGAAUCAAAGCAUCUCCAAACAUCUCAGUAAGGCCCGAGCGGACAUUGACAAACUGAUCCCACAUAAGGAUUUUAGAGGCCUUGGCGUCAUAGACUGGGAGAACUGGAGGCCUCAGUGGGUCCGGAAUUGGGGAUCCAAAGACAUUUAUCGAAAAAAGUCCAAGGAACAAAUUCGAAAGCGUCACCCCAACUGGCCAGACAGCAAAGUAGAAAAGGAGGCAAAAGAACAUUUUGAGAGUGCAGGACAGGCAUUCAUGAACCUGACUCUGGCACUGGCUGAAGCUCGCCGACCAGACGGUCUGUGGGGAUUUUACCUCUUUCCAGACUGUUACAACUAUGGCUACAAGCAACACCCACAGCAUUACACUGGUGAAUGUCCCAAUGUUGAACACGUUCGCAAUGACCAUCUGAUGUGGCUCUGGAAGGAAAGCACGGCCCUCUACCCAUCUAUCUACUUAGACUACGAGCUAAAGUCUUCUCCAAACACCGUCAAGUUUGUUCAUUAUCGAGUCAAGGAAGCAAUGAGAAUUGCAUCCAUUGCCCAUAGGGACUACACACUGCCUGUUUAUGUGUAUUCUAGACCUUUCUACGCAUACACCUUUGUUGUGCUUUCGGAGAGGGAUCUAGUUCACACUAUUGGUGAGAGCGCCACCUUGGGAGCAUCAGGCGUCGUACUCUGGGGAUCAUCAGAGUAUUCUCGAUCAUAUAGAAACUGCCUUACUGUCAAGAAGUACAUUGAUGGUCCUCUUGGGCACUAUGUCAUUAAUGUCACAUCAGCAGCUAAGCUCUGUAGUAAAGCCCUUUGCAAGAAGAAUGGCAGAUGUGUCCGCAAGAGUCUGGAAUCAGAUGCCUACCUACACCUUAACCCGCGUUUCUUCCACAUUCGGAACAACCCAAAACCAAAAGGCCCCCGCUUUCAUGUCAGUGGUCACCUAAACAAUCAUGACAUUCUUGAUAUGAAGCACAAGUUCACCUGCCAGUGCUACCAAGGCUGGACCGGUGUUUACUGUGAAGUUCCAGAACCUCUGCACCCUGCUCUCUUUCCAUCACGACAGCCUACUGCUGCAAGACUUUAUCCUUGGGGCAACAGCUUGUUAACAAAUAUUCUGCCUCUUCUUUCUCUAAAUGUUUCCUGUGUCUGUGUCAUCACUUUCCUGGGCUUAUGUCUGACAAUCAGGUGCCUCAUUUUGUAGGUGUCAUUUCUUAUUUCAUAGCUAAGAUGUCUUUGAAGAGGGUUUGACUACACUCUAAUUUGAAAGCAUUAGUCUAAAAAAAAGUAACUUUUUGAAAUAAGAUUUGUAAAGUUAUGAAUGUUUCUCCCUGCUAGCUGUUAUAAAUGUUUUACUGAUCUUUUCUAAUAAAGAUGUAUCA